AUGUCGGCGGCGACGCCGUGGUCGCUGCUGCUUCACUCAGGAUGGCCCGUCUUCCCUCUCGCGGCGCUGGUGGAAUCGGAACUCAGAGAGGACACGCACGUCUCCUUGGCCGUGUACCGGCUGGGAUGGAAGGAGCCUUCAGAGAACUGCAACGAGGAGCAGGAGGCUGUCCGUUUGGCAGCUUCCCUGUACGUCGGAGAAGGCCGAACUGUGAAACUCACGCAUAUUAUCGACUUUUUCCACCAAGAGGUCGGCGACGUAGAUCUUGUUGGUGAGGAAUUCAUUACUGCUGUGGCACGAGCCAAGCCACGCCACCCUGGCGUUUGCACUGCGGCCUUGGGUGUAGCCUAUGCUGCGCUUGCAGAUGCUUUGCAAUGCCACUGGCGCCGACCAACGUCCACGCUCACGCACCAACUUAUUGAUAUCGCGGUCGAGAAGGCCCAGGGAGGAGCCUUGCGGACCUUCGGUGAAGCUGCCGACUCUUUCAACGCCUUGGCAAGCUCCCGAUGGCCAUUGCUGCCACUCCUUUCCCGAUUGCAGCCCAGGUCGGCAGCUACAUCAACGGGUGUCUUGGUGUCCUGGUCAUCUCGAGAGGCUGAGCUGGGUGGCCUGAAUUGGGCGAAGAACUUCGCACAGGAGGUCUUCAGCUUCCACGACUUCGUGCUUGAGGAAGAUGUGGACUGUGCCGACAUCUUCGUGUAUCGCUCGUCGCUGCCGACAAACUUCGGUGGCGUCCUCAUUUUCGUGGAUGGCGAGGGGAGCCCGGCGGAUUCUCUGCAAGAGGAGCUGCUGCAGUCGUACCCGGCAUCGAUCGUCGUUGGCCCUUUACCUGCCGGAGGCGACUCUGUCUUCUUCCCGGUGCCCUAUGCGUCUACCUCUUUUGCAUCGCGCAGCUUUGCGACACCAAAUAGCUUGCUUUUGCCAAGACCAGUGGACCCGGAGGAUCGACCUGGCUUUGCUGCGUACCUGGUGUAUAAAUGUUAUCCUCACAGAGAAGGUUUCUUCAGACUGCUUGAUGCGAGAGGACGCGAAGCUGGCCUGGGCCCAGUGGAGACCCUAUCUCGGUGUGGCGAUGCCGGCGAAAUAGAUCGAACGUCACAAAGGUAUGCUGAGACCUACAUGGACGACGCUGCAGACCUCUUCCGACGAUUUCGUUUCGCGCUGGUCUUCGAGAACAAGAUUCAAACAAGGUACGUGACCGAGAAAAUUGUGAACGCCUUCGUUGCUGGAGCCGUCCCGAUUUACUGGGGAUCCGACUUUGUCGCUGAACUGUUCAAUCCCGAUGCCAUGAUCUGGGUGAACUCCUUCGAAUCCUUCGAGGCGGCUGUGGAGCACGUCAUCCGCGUGGCUUCGGAACCAGAGCUAUACGCAGCUUAUGCUUCAGCACCUCCAAUCAGGAAUACGUCUGCCGGUCGAUGGUACUUUUCCUGGCAUCGCGAUGCACCAUCUCUGGAUGGCGAAUCGCCCACGCUGCGUGAGGAGCUUGCAGCCGCGGCUAUGAAGAUGCAUGUAGCUGGGCUGGACGGCAGCUUGCCAGCAGUGGAACGGCGCCCGUUCGACUAUGCCGAGACCUUCCCCUCCUGA